AUGUGCGACACACAAGAUUCAGUAGAACACAUACAAAACACAACGGAAAUGCAAACAGUCCUGUCAAAUUGUAUGCCGGAUAUUGGGAAUGUAGACUCCAAUGAUACAUAUGCAGAGUACGCAGAUAUAUGUGGUUCAGAGGGUAAAAUCAACGUUGAUGAUGAUAAAGAUAUAGAAAUUGAUGUUACAGAAACAAUAGACGAUCAGAAAACAGAAAAUAAAAAACAAGAGUCUUACGAAAGUAGGGAUCCAUUUGACUCGUGGCAUCCACACGUUUAUGGAAAACCUCCGAAGAUGCCGACACCGCACACGAUAGAAUUCAUUCUUGGGUUGAAUAAGGAUUCUAAGAAGACUGUUAGUUCAUUAAUGAGUGUCAAAAGGUUCGGUCAUGAGAGGGACAAUAAGUUAGUGCAGAAUAGACUGCAAGAACAGUUGCUACAGCGGAGUAGGAAUAGUGAUAGUGCCAGUGUUAAGGAAGAACCGUUAAACUUGUCCGUGCCUAAGACUUGGUGUGAAGAAGAGAAGUUCAGUAGAGAUUCAAAGCUAAUAAAACGCAAGAAGUCAACAGAUGACGUCCGAUCACCCCUUGGUGGCGAAGGGUCCAUGACCAGUGAAGAAGGAGAGGAUGCAGGUGUUGGUAGACGCAAGAAGGCAAGAACCACUUUCACUGGACGACAGAUCUUCGAGCUGGAAAAGUUAUUCGAGGUCAAGAAAUAUUUGUCAUCAGGCGAGAGAGCAGAUAUGGCGAAACUUCUUAAUGUGACUGAGACACAGCCACCGCUAGUUUUGCUACCCAAAAAGUGUCUUGAUCUCCGAAAUGAGAUUCCAGCCAAUUGCUGGAUUUCAGCUGCUGCAGGUAUUCCUCCACUCUGUCCCUCCAGCGGUACCUACCUAGGCGAGUACAAGGCCCAUCGUGAAGGAGGAUUACCUUACCCGGCCUUGUUUGCUGAGGUCGGAGACCAGUAG